UAUAGAUGAUAAAUCCAUCAUCUAUUGUGCUAAAAAAAAAACCAUCAUCUAUUAUAAAUCCCCUUAAGUGAAACAUCCCAAGACAGAGCCAACUAUUACUGAAAAAUCCAUCAGGCCUUGCACAUAUGUAGAGAACAAGAGCUGAAACAGUUACAUCAUUUCAUAAAAAAAACUCAAAACCUAGUAGAAGCCAAGUUAAUGUUCUUUGAAUGUUAUAGCGAAGUAUAAAACUAGAAUGGUGUUAAGAUAUUUCAACAAUACUAUUUUAAGGAUAUAGGUAAGAAGAUCUUGUUCUUACUCACAAAACUGUUGUUUUCAAACUUUCAAUAAUAAUAACAAUUUAAUGAGACAUACAUACAUGUUCCAGAUUUUGCAACACAAUGGAUGUGCCUGGUCAAAACUGAAAUAAGUUAUGUAAUAAAUGAAUAUAACAAGUUGGGAAUUAGAUCCCAACUGGCGAUUCAAACACGACAUGAAAAUAUCAAACAGACGAGAUAUUGGUUCAUUUGCCAAUCCUUAAACUUCCACUUCUAAUUACUUGUGGAUUGAGUAAAAAUAUGGAAACUAAAAAUCCAGAUCACUUGAAUGGCUGACUUAAUUUGCUUCAGUUAUAUAUACAAAAACCAUGUACCUUUCAAUCUUGUGGUGACUUAUCAUCCUUGUUUCCAGAGUUAAAAAUGGUCUAACUAAGAUGCAGUUAAUAUAGUCUAAAACAACAAGCACCAGUGGUCUAGUGGUAGAAUAGUACCCUGCCACGGUACAGACCCGGGUUCGAUUCCCGGCUGGUGCAUUCUGAGCUGUGAAGAAAUUGGUUUAAGCGUUGGUUGGGUCCUUCGCAUUCAUCUGAUCUUCAGAUGAUAUAGCCGUAAACCUGAGCUCUCCUUUUGUUAAAAUAUUCUUGGUGUUCAAUUUUUUUUUUGUGCAAAUACUAUUUUUGGUGUUCAGAAAGAACUUCAGAUACCAACUGACCUGACUCUGUUUAGAUUCAUAUUUGGGCCUUGCUAAUUCCAACUGGAUCUGACUGAUUAUAUUCAUGUUUGGGCCUUAUAAAAAUAAGCCCAUUUAUAUCUAUUAGAAAGGCCUGCUUCGUUCCGAGUCAACUCACUGCCUUCCCUCUUCACCUCCGACAUAACUCGUUUUCCCGGAAAGGCAGAUUCUCUCUUGCUCCAGCUGAUCUCACUAACAUGGAAGCAGAGAACAACAACAACGCCGGGAGCGACUCAGACUCUAACUCCGUCGAAGAGUCUCAGGACUAUUACGAACCAAUCUCAGCCGUCGAUCUAGACGCCGGAAACAACGACGACGAUGAAGAAGAAACUUAUCUUCCGAUCAGUGGAGAUAACUUCAGCAACGGCCUCUGUAACGGCCAUUGUACGAUCCCUGAAGCAGUUGACGGAGUCUCUUCUAUCAGUGUUAACGGAAACGCAGAGGCCAAGAGUGAUACGGAAGAAGAGACGGAGACGGUGACGACGCCAGAUUCGGAGAUUCGUACAGCGUUUGAGGAAGACGAGCGGCGUAGAAGAUCGCCGUUAUUGGUGGAGAACGCGGCUAGGGUUAUGGAGGCAAUGCGGGCCAUCUCGUUCCCUGGAACGGCUCCUGAUUGGGCCUCUGAUGUUAAUGAGGACCGUUGGGUUGAUCAGCUUCGUAGAUUGAGAUCCACUUCUCAGUAACUAAAAACAGUAUUGUUCAAAUCUCGAGUAGUUUAUUUUCGUUCAAGUGUUUUAAGAUUAUGGUUCAACAUUUGAAUACUUACGAUAUGAUUCUGAUGUUUCUGUUGAUUCACUACGAUAGAUACAUAAGAGUUGAAAGUUUGGCAUCACUCAGCUGAGUCUUGUCUGAAACUUUUGCUGCUUUUUUGGAUCAAUGAACGUUUAAAUCUUUUCUUGGA